GAGCGUGACCAGCGCAUCUCCGAGCUGGAGGGCCGCCUGCGGCGGCAGGAGGCCGGGCCUUCCGAGGAAGAGCGGCGGCCCGAGCACGGCGGCGGCGCCGAGGGCGAAGAGGCGGAGGGGCGCAGGCAACAAGCGCUGGAGAGCAGCGCGAAGGCGGCGGAGGAGAUUGAGCAUCUGAGGCAGCAGGUCUCGGAGCUGCAGGCCAAGCUGUCCGAGCAAGGAGGGCACCGCAGGCCGGCCAGCCCCGCCGCCGUCUCCGAGGAGGCGGAGCAGUUGAGGCAGCAGGUCUCGGAGCUGCAGGACGAGCUGUCCCAGGCGGUGCGGCAGCGCCAGUCGGUCGUCUCCGUGUCGGCGGCGGAGGCGGAGCGCCUCAGGCAGCAGGUCUCGGACCUGGAGGCGAAGUUGUCCGAGCAGGAUCGGCUUCGCGAGUCUGCCAGAUCUGCCGCAGCCUCGGAGGUGGAGCAGUUGAGGCAGCAGGUUGCGGAGGCGCAGGACGAGCUGUCGCAGGCGGUGCGGCAGCGUCAGUCGGUCGUCUCCGCUUCGGGGGCGGAGACGGAACGCCUCCGGCAGCAGGUCUCGGAUUUGGAGGCGAAGGUGUCCGAGCAGGACCGACAUCACGAGUCCGCCAGAUCUGCCGCGGCCACGGAGUCGCAACAGUUGAGGCAGCAGGUCUCGGAGUUGCAGAGCCAGCUGACCAACCAGCAGCAGCAGAAAGAGAUGGCCCGUUCCACGGCGGCCGAGGAGGCAGAGCAGCUGAGGCGGCAGGUCUCGCAGCUGCACGCCGAGCUGCACGAGGCGGGGCAGCGUGAGCUGGCCAGCGCCGCCGCGGCCACGGAGGCACGGCAGCUGCAGCAGGAGAUCCCCCUCCUGCAGUCCCAGUUGGCCGAACAGGCCCGGCAGCGCGAGUCGGCUGGGUCCGCGGCGGCGGCGGAGGCGGAGCAGCUGCGGCAGCAAGUCUCUGAGCUGAAAGGGAAGCUGGCCGAACAGGAACGGCAGCGAGAGCAGCACGAGUCGGCCGGCUCUGUCGCUGCCACAGAGGCGCAGCAGUUGAGAGAGCAGGUGGCGGAGCUGCAGAGCCACGUUGUCUGCAGAGGAGCGGCAGCGCGAGUCGGCCGGGUCCGCUGCGGCGGCGGAGGCGGAGCAGCUGAGGCAUCAGGUCUCUGA